CAUCAACAAGCAAAACCCCAAAGAAAAGCAGCAGGAUAUCUUACUUUGGCCACAAGUGUCUGCUCAGGACACAGCUUCAGCCCUCUGUUGUCCCCUCUCCCUCAGACUCUGGGACCUUGGGAUUCUUGUCACAUUCACUCAAGGGCCUGCCAAGACUAACAGAGACCUGGACUCGCCCCUGAGGAGCUAGCAUGACUCGGGACGAGGCGCUGCCAGACUCGCAUUCUGCACAGGGCUUCUAUGAGAACUACGAGCCCAAGGAGAUCCUGGGCAGGGGAGUCAGCAGUGUGGUCAGGCGCUGCAUCCACAAGCCCACGUGCCAGGAGUAUGCCGUGAAGAUCAUCGACAUCACGGGUGGGGGCAGCUUCAGCUCCCAGGAGGUGCAGGAGCUGCGAGAGGCCACCCUGAAGGAGGUGGACAUCCUGCGCAAGGUCUCCGGACACCCCAAUAUCAUACAGCUGAAGGACACUUACGAGACCAACACCUUCUUCUUCCUGGUGUUUGACCUGAUGAAGAGAGGGGAGCUCUUUGACUACCUCACUGAGAAGGUCACCUUGAGUGAGAAGGAAACCAGAAAGAUCAUGCGAGCCCUGCUGGAGGUGAUCAGUGCCUUGCACAAGCUCAACAUCGUGCACCGGGACCUGAAGCCUGAGAACAUCCUCCUGGAUGACAACAUGAACAUCAAGCUCACGGACUUCGGCUUUUCCUGUCAGCUGGAGCCAGGAGAGAAGCUUCGAGAGGUCUGUGGGACCCCCAGUUACCUGGCCCCCGAAAUCAUCGAGUGCUCCAUGAACGAUGACCAUCCAGGCUAUGGGAAGGAGGUGGACAUGUGGAGCACCGGCGUCAUCAUGUACACCCUGCUGGCCGGCUCCCCACCCUUCUGGCACCGGAAGCAGAUGCUGAUGCUGAGGAUGAUCAUGAGUGGCAGCUACCAGUUCGGCUCACCGGAAUGGGAUGAUUACUCAGACACCGUGAAGGACUUGGUGUCACGCUUCCUGGUGGUGCAGCCCCAGAACCGCUGCUCGGCAGAGGAGGCCCUGGCCCACCCCUUCUUCCAGCAGUACGUGGUGGAGGAGGUGCGGCACUUCAGCCCCCGCGGCAAAUUCAAGGCCAUCGCUCUGACCGUGCUGGCGGCCGUGAGGAUCUACUACCAGUACCGCCGCGUGAAGCCGGUGACCCGCGAGAUCGUCAUCCGCGACCCCUACGCGCUGCGGCCGCUGCGUCGCCUCAUCGACGCCUACGCCUUCCGCCUCUACGGCCACUGGGUGAAGAAGGGGCAGCAGCAGAACAGGGCCGCGCUCUUCGAGAACACCCCCAAGGCCGUGCUCCUCUCGCUGGCCGAGGAGGACUACUGAGCGCGGCCGGGCCCUGGCGGGACACGCUUCCACCGCCCUGGAGGAACCCACCCGGGGCGCUCGGACGACGCCUCCUGCUUCUCCACCCCAGCUGCCGCCUCGCGUUUCCUUCUGCCGAGCCAGAGUCACUGCCGGGUGGAGCCCCUCCCCAGGCGAGGGUCGGCAGGUCGGGGGCUCACCCGUGAUCUGCGACUCUGAGGUUGAGGCAGGAGGAUGACACGGUCAAGACCAGCCCGGGCAAUUUAGAAAGACCCCCGCCUCAAAAAAGUAAAGAGGGCGGGGGCUGCGGCCCAGGCGGAAAGCAACCCUGGUUCCAGUACCCAAAAUGAAUCAAUAAAAGGGAAAUGUCUGCGACACACAACUGCAGUAAGUU